AAGUAGGUCGAUAGCUAAAGAAAGCGGCUUGCUUGCAAGUAAAAAUUAUUAUAGAAAAUACUUCUACACGCAGGUUUUCCGACACGAAAGAGUCAUGGGCAAAAGCUGUAAAGUGGUGGUCUGUGGCCAAGUUGCAGUUGGUAAAACUGCAGUACUGGAACAAUUACUGUAUGCCAAUCAUGUUGCAGGCUCAGAGCCCAUGGAGACCUUGGAGGAUAUAUACAUUGGCUCCAUUGAAACUGACCGUGGCACACGAGAGCAGGUGCGCUUCUAUGACACCCGUGGACUCCGGGAUGGGAUGGAGUUUCCUCGGCAUUACUACACUUUUGCAGACGGUUUUGUCCUUGUUUACAGCAUUGACAGUAAAGAGUCCUUCAAGCGAAUGGAGGCACUCAAGAAGGACAUUGACCGUUACAGAGACAAGAAAGAGGUGACCAUUGUUGUGCUGGGUAACAAGCAGGACAGACAGGAUGAGAGGAGAGUUGAUUCUAACAUGGCCCAGAACUGGGCGAAGAACGAAAAGGUGCGUCUGUGGGAGGUGUCAGUGGUGGACCGACGCACACUCAUUGAACCGUUUGUCUACCUGGCCAGCAAAAUGACCCAGCCACAGAGCAAGUCCUACAAGAAUAAGGGCAGUGGUUCUACUGACAGCUAAAAUACUAGAUACUGGGAUGAAAAGGGACAGGAGGUGUGUUAAAGGGAACCCUAGACCAGUUUUUGAUGUUAUCAAGGAUUUAGGUAGUAAGAGAUGGCUUUGAGAGAAAUGAUGAGCAGAAAGGCAGGUUCAUUGUAACUUGGAUGGUUGAUUGAUAGUUUUUAUGUACAGUGUGCACUGUUGGUACUGGUAUAGCCUCUGUAUUUGAUGUUUUGGUGAAAUACUACUUGACUGAGUGAAAAUGGUGAUCUCUUCAAUUAAUAUUCCUAUAUCACCUGAGAAGAAUGCAAGAGGUUUUGAUUCCCAUUUUAUUUGUUUGGAAUGCAGCUAAACUAUCCACAUUCUUUACAAUUACUACCAUUGUUGGACCUACAUAAUGUAGUUCUUCAACUACUGUGAAUCAUCAAUCAUCUCAGUUUAUACUAAAACAGUCCAGAGUUUCAUUGUGUGCACUGUGUAGAUAAAUUAGUACCAACACACAUGUUGACUUGCUACUACUUUAUGUACAUGUAUUCUACAUGUACAGACAGAUUUAGAAAUGGCAGCAUUAUUGCCUAAUUAUUCCAUCACACAAAUGCUGAAUCUCACAUGUUGUAAAUGGGUGAAGGGAUUUUACUGAUAUAUUACUGAUGAUGAA